AUGGCAACCCACCUCUCCACCGCGACUGCCAUCCCCUCCCACCCUGCGCCCUACGCCCACCAUGCCUACCGCAAGUCGGCCCAGUACUCGCCCACGGGCACCCCCAUGAACGUCUCGCCCACGUCGCCGCGCGAGACGCCCAACAUGCUGCAAUACCACAGGAGCAUCCGUCCCGUCAAGCAGGCCCUCGGCGUCCCCGCCGCCCUCAGGAAGACGGAGCGCCCCGCCAAGCACUCUCCGCCCAAGCACGACUCGGCCUGCGCUUCACCUAGCACCGGCUGGGCCGUCAACGGCGGCUUCCCCAGCACAACCGACGGCGCCGCCACGCCCGUCUCCUACGUCAACAACGAGGACAUGCACAGCAUCUACAACGAGGUGCCCAUGUCGCCCAUGGCCGGCCCCAUCACACGCAACCAUUGGCAGGCAGACGGAUCCACAUCAGCAUGCUCGGCGCCCUCGUGCCAGGCACCCUUUGGCCUGUUCAACCGCCGCCAUCACUGCAGAAAGUGCGGCGGCAUCUUCUGCGCCCAGGACUCGUCCAAGCAGGUCCGCCUCGACGAACUUGCACGUUUCCAUCCCGAGGGCGAGUGGCACCGCGCCUGCGAUCGCUGCCACAGCUCGUUCCGCGAAUGGGAGCACCUCCGCCUGAGCCGCAGCAACAGCGAGAGCUCGAGCAACAGCGGCGCCGGAGCACAGCCCGUCCAAGCCCCCGUAGCAGCCAAGCGUCCGGAGGCCCGUGUCGGCAGCCUUGCGCAAAGCUUCCAGGGCGCCUGGAACUGGAGCACCUUUUAG